AUGCCAGCCCAAAUCUCGGCUGCCUUGCAUCACAGCCAGCACUGGCUCACUUCGACCGCAGGUGCGCCUCUCCGUGCAGCCUAUGACUUUCUCUUUCCACCCCUGAACGAGGCGUUCGUACAGCCACAGACCAUCACAAGGAGACAAGUCGGCGCGGACGAAUCCAUCGAACGCUUGGAAGUGUGGGAUACCUUCUCCGACAGCCCGUGGAGCUUUGUCACCAGCCGCUACGCCAUUGCGCUCGUGAUCGUAGCCAUCGUCAACAAUCGAGUGCAGCACAUCUGUCGUCCGCGAGGAGGCGCGACAGCGAGGCUUUCACAGCUCCAACGGGUGGCGCUGCGUCUGCCGAGCUUGGUGUUGCUGGCUCGAGCCGUGCUCAUCCUCUUCACCGUCACGGCCGACGCCUUUCUCGCGGAAUCCAAUUUGGUCAAUGUGUUGCUGCGCACCUGCACCACCGCAGCGUGGAGGAACGCAUGGCUGGCCAACACACCCAUGACCGGUUGGGCGUUCGACUGGUUCGGCAUCAGCAGCAGAGACGCCCUCCUCCGCGCACGCGACGCAACGGCGCUCUGGGCAGCCUUCACCUCGACGUGCGUCGCCGUCGUCAGCGAUUCCAUCGUACGCAACCUCGACGCCGAUCGUGACGAGCCUCCCGCGUUCAACCUCGUUGGCUUUGCGUUCCUUCUCCACUUUCACUCGUUCUCACCAGAAGCACCCGCCAACGAGCACGUCUACCUCUGCAUCCUCCUCCAGAUGCUUCAGAUUCUGGCUAUAGCCGUCUCACGCUGUCGUCGUCCCGUCUAUGCCCCGCGUCUGGUCAUCUCGAGCGUGUUCGGCGUCUCGUCCUUGAUCCACUAUGCGCUGGCGGCGAGAUCGGGCAGGUAUCCUUUCCUCGAAGCGCUCAGCCGCACGCCCGAGAUCGCGCUCGUGCUGGUGGUGCUGCUGACCAUCACGCUGCACGCACUGACCAUGAUGCUGUUGGAAGGCAAGAUCGAGACGAGUCGGCUGCUCUUUUCGCGUUCGAAUCUUCCUUCGCUGGACGAGGACUGGUCGUUGGCGCUGUUCAAGCUGGGCACGGCGUGUAUGGAGUCGACGCGGCUGACCGGCUUGGAGAGGGAGGUGGAGCCGCUGGUAGCGUGGGAUGCGCCGUACAUCGAGCUUGCUUCCACCGGUCGCAUCGAGCUGGUCGACCCGCUCGCAGCUCGCAACGCCAACUCGCAUCAGCCGCACGACACUCUGCCAUCCGCAUACGCCAACACAGGCGGCGACGCUGCUUUCAUCGGCGGCCUCUCUCGCGAAGUCAAACAAGUGCGUAUCGAGCCGACGGUACGGAGCGCUUCGUCCACGUUUGGUCAUGCGGGGUUGGCGAGGAUGCGCGCUCUGCUCCACUUUGUCACGAUCACGCUGCUGGUGGCUCGCAGCGUCGCGGCGAUAGGUAUGCGCAAGGUGCUGCAUGCGGUGGGGUUGCCCGAUCCGAGCGUUCCCGCGUGGGUGUUUCGGGCGUUGCGCUUCGCGAGGCUUGUCUGGCACGGCAGCAACGGCGAGGCGCGCAGGCGGGAGAGGCGAGCCGCGGAACAGAGACGCCAGCAGCACGAGCAGCAGCAGCGGUCGCAACGGUCGCAACGGCUCAGAACGCAGGACGUUUCAGCCGGGGUAUCUGGGAUCUCGUCAGGGAUUACCGCGGAGAACCCGCAGCGACCCGCUUCGAUGUCAGAAACGUAUAGCACUGCUGCCACUCGUCCCAACCAGCCAGGCGAUGUAUGGGAUGGCGACAGUGACGCAGAAGACGACGAGUACGACGUGACGCUUGCCGAGCAUGAUUCGGAUCUCGAAUCCGAGAUCGACGAAGCCGACUCCCUCUCCCUCCCACCCGACGAGGUAUCCGGCCUUCUCUCAGAGCUCGAAUCUUUCUCCGCCGACGACACCGUCCCUCCUCCACCUACCACGCAGUUGACCACGCUGCACUCGGGCACAGAACCGUUCAACCAGCUCCUGCUGGCCCAUCUCACCCGUCCCCCCACACAACCUCCGCUCACCCGCUCAGCGUACACCUCUCUCCUCUCACCCUUCUCCCCCUCGGACGUGUCUCUGGCACAAACCCUCCUCAACCGUCGCCCUGUUCCCGCCUUCACUUCCUCCACGGACGACACGCGCCGUCUGUGCGUCAUCUGUUGCACCGCCGAACGAAACGUCAUCUGCUGGCCCUGUCGCUGCCUCUCCCUCUGCAUGGAGUGUCGCGAACACCUCGCCUCCCGACCCCCACCUCGUCGUCCCUUUACGACCACCCCAGAUCGCCCCCGCUCAGAAGACGCUUCCCACCUCUGCCCUACCUGCAGAACCCCCGUACAAGCCUUCAGUCGAUUAUACAUUCCAUAG